GCAACAAACGGGCAAUAUAACGAACGCGACGUCGACGCAGACGAACAGAGCACAAACUCCUUGCAAGCGUCCGAAUUCCACCCCCCCUCCAUCAACCUGCCACAAGAUUGUGAGGUUAUUACCCGCGCCGCCAAGGCCUGCUUAUAGGCUUUCGCCUCCCUCCCUGCCCCGCCGCGCGAGUGUGCCCUGAGUCGUCCCGAGCAAGGGCGGCGGCGUCUGCGCGCGCGCGGAUCAAAGGAAGGUCUCCAGCAGUCUCGAAAGAGGGCCGGCGGAAUUGCCUUCGCCAUGGCCGGGGGAGAUGCGGUCGACUCCGGCGAGAAGCGCCUCAAUGAGCUCGGCUACAAGCAGGAGCUCCGGCGGGAAAUGACGCUGUUCAAGACGCUGGCCAUCUCAUUCUCGACGAUGACGCUCUUCACGGGGAUCACGCCGCUGUACGGGACCAGCCUGCAGUACGCCGGGCCGGCCUCCCUCGUCUGGGGGUGGGUCGUCGUCUCCUUCUUCACCUGGUUCGUCGGCAUCGCCAUGGCCGAGAUCUGCUCCUCCUUCCCUACCACUGGUUCUCUGUACUUCUGGGCUGCUCAUCUGGCCGGCCCGGUCUGGGGUCCGUUGGCAUCCUGGUGCUGCGCUUGGCUGGAGGCCAUAGGCCUCAUUGCCGGAAUCGGCACGCAGGCAUACGCAGGAUCCCAGGUGCUCCAGAGCAUAAUUCUGCUAUGCACCGGCACCAACAAAGGCGGCGGCUAUCUAGCUCCUCGCUGGCUGUUCCUCGUCAUGUACCUUUCGUUGACGUUCAUCUGGGCAGUGCUCAACACUUUCGCGCUGGAAGUCAUCGCCGUUCUUGACGUGAUCUCUAUGUGGUGGCAGGUGAUCGGUGGCACUGUCAUAGUGAUCAUGCUCCCCCUGGUGGCGAAAUCCACGCAGCCGGCCUCGUACGUGUUCACCCAUUUCGAGAAGGCGCCGGACGUGACUGGGAUCAGCAGCAGCGCCUACGCGGUCAUCCUGUCCUUCCUGGUGAGCCAGUACUCCCUCUACGGGUACGACGCGGCGGCGCACCUGACGGAGGAGACCAAGGGCGCCGACAAGAACGGCCCCAUCGCCAUCCUCUCCAGCAUCGGCAUCAUCACCGUCUUCGGCUGGGCCUACAUCCUCGCCCUCACCUUCAGCAUUCAGGACUUCAGCUACCUCUACGACCCGACCAACGAGACCGCCGGCACCUUCGUGCCGGCGCAGAUACUCUACGACGCGUUCCACGGGAGGUACAACAACUCGACGGGCGCCAUCGUGCUGCUCUUCGUCAUCUGGGCCUCCUUCUUCUUCGGCGGCCUCUCCAUCACCACCAGCGCCGCCCGGGUGGUGUACGCGCUCUCGCGCGACCGCGGCGUCCCGUUUUCCUCCGUGUGGCGCAAGAUCCACCCCACGCGCAAGGUGCCCGGGAACGCGGUGUGGCUGUGCGCCGCCGUGUGCGCGCUGUUGGGCCUGCCCAUCCUCUGGAUCAAUGUGGUGUUCACGGCCAUCACCUCCGUCGCCACCAUCGGGUGGGUGGGCGGCUACGCGGUGCCCAUCUUCGCACGCAUGGUGAUGCGGGAGGCGGACUUCCGGCCCGGGCCGUUCUACCUCGGGCGAGCCAGCAGGCCCGUCUGUCUCGUCGCGUUCCUGUGGAUCUGCUACACCUGCUCCGUCUUCCUGCUCCCCACCGUGUACCCCAUCAAGACGGACACCUUCAACUACGCGCCCAUCGCGCUCGGCGUCGUCCUGGGGCUGAUCAUGCUGUGGUGGGUCGUCGACGCCAGGAAGUGGUUCAAGGGACCCGUCAGGAACAUCGACGAGCAGGUCGAUCACAACGGCGAUGGCAAUGGCAGUGUCAAGGUCUGAGAGUUGGCAGCUCUUGUCGAUCAAAGAAAUUCUUUUCCGUUGGUUGUGUGUGUGUGUUUUGUCUGUUGUAUCCUCUGGUCAGUGAACUUAGUCGAGGUUGUAGAGAAUUGUAUCCAUCUUAUAUAGAAGAAACUAGAGAUAUGUAGGGCCGACCGACCCAUGACGCUGCCUUUUCUUCUCCA